AUGGAGGGAUAUCAAGGAAUCAAAUUGCCAACUUGGGCAUCAACAAUGGAAACUUUUCUUCCAUGCCUUGUCAGUAUCAAGCUGUCAAGUUUACAUGAGUUGCAGCAUCUCCCGUCAAUGAGUCAACUCUGCCAUUUGAAAUCUCUUCAGCUUUGGAAUAUGCCCAUGGUAGAGCAUAUCGAAAGCGAUGCACCUUCAGCUUCAGUGUCUAAGGCCACGAAGCCAAUGAUGACUUUCUUUCCAUCUCUUGAGGAGUUAGUGCUAGUAGAGAUGCCACAGUUGAAGGGAUGGAGGAGAAAUUUAUUAUGGAAAGAGAUGGAAGCAGGUGGUGGUUGUUUGAUCAAUGACAGAGGUAGCCAGGAACAAGCUGUAAUUCUACCGUCAUUUCCUCGUCUCCGUGAUUUGAGUAUUGGAUAUUGCAACAGUAUGACUUACUUUCCUCCAUGUCCACUUCUGAAAAAACUUGAACUUUGGGUCGUCAAUGAAGCAUUGACAUUUUGUAUGAAGGGAGGCUUCCAUCCAAGUCCAAUCAAGAGCACUACUGUCUCAACUUCACCAUCGUCCUCCAGUUCAUCAGUGCCAUGCAGUCUAAGAGCUCCUAUUUUAUGUUUAGAGAAGCUCAACAUAGAUAAUCCAACUAUUUUUAAUUCUCUGUUUGAAGAGUUUGUGCUAGGUGCUGUUCAUAUUCAAAUAGAAGAUUUUGCUCAAGUUGAAAGUAUGUGGACUGUUAGGAAGGGGUUUCGAGGUUGUGAAUCUUCAAUUCGACACCUGAAAUUAGAGUCAUGUUCAGAAUUGACCACUCUGUCAGGAAGCGGAAUAGAGCAUCUCUACAAUCUGCAGUCCCUCUCAAUUGAGAGAUGUGAUAACUUGGAUUUGGAAGGGAUGCCAUGGUGUGAUAAUCUGGAUUAUUGGGGAGUGCCAUGUAUUUCUCUUGACUCCCUCUCUUCCUUGAGAUUAGCUGAACUUCCGAAGCUGCUAAAUCUGCCAUGGAGAUUUCAGUACUUGACCUCCCUUCAAUCCCUCCAAAUUGAAAGUUGUGGGAACUUGGAGGCCCUAGGGGAUUGCAUUGGCUCUCUAUGUUCGCUUCGUUCCCUCCAAAUUAAAAAUUGUUACAAUUUGAAGGCCCUUCCGGAAUGCAUGGACUCUCUAAAGUCCCUGGAAUUGCUGCAUAUCAGCCAUUGCCAUGAACUGAAAUCGUUGCCAGAAGCAAUGUGUCAUCUCACCUCCUUAAUAACACUUAAAAUACUAUACGCUAGAGAUGACCUCGAGAAAAGAUGUCUACAGCCAGAUGGGGAGGAUUGGCCCAAAAUACGCCAUAUCCCUCAUGUUUAUGUUAUUGGAUGGACAAGAAGGGCUUUCAUUUACGACAUGUUUGGUGAAGUAUGA